AUGUGCAAGAUCCGCAUCGAACCUCUGCACCGCAACUCGACCCCCAAGCCCAUCAACUCACGAACGCCACCCGCUUCAGCCUCAAAGCUCCCGAAGCAGCACUCUAAGCCCAGCAAAAUGGCCCUCCCCCGCACCUUCUGCCUCUCCUCCGCAUCAGCCUCACUCACUCCCUCCACUUGCCUGACAACCUUUACGAACCACUACGAGGUCCUAGGUUUAGACCAUUGGGCGACCGAUGAGGAAGUCAAGGCCCAAUUCCGCACGCUGCGAGCCAAGUAUUUCUCCACCGAUGUGGGUAAAUAUCGGCAGCUGCAGACGGCGUAUGCGGUCUUGGUGGACUGGGAGGCGAGGCGGGAAUAUGAUGCCGUGUAUAGAGUGAGUAUGGGGCUGUCGCCGCCCGCGAGCGAGCGUGCAAGUGCGAGUGAGAGUAACAGUGAGAAGGCUACGGAUGAAACGGUGCUCGCGAGUAGCGGGUCUGCUAGCAGUACCGCCUCACCGCCGAAGAGCACGAUUGUGAGGGUUGCGGUGUCGCGAAUUGAUGCGCACGCUCGGGCAGACACAGACAGUAUGCAGAUGGCGAAGCUUGAAGAGGAGCUCCGUCGUGUAGAGGAAGAGCAGCGCCAAGGUGAAGAGGAGGAGCGAUUAGCCGACCCUAAUUGGGGUUUAAAGCACUUCUCGCCACAGUACAAGUCGCUAAUUGGAACACGCCGAUAUUCUAGCUACGUUCCAAUCGCGGAGAAGUACGAGCAUGGUGACAUAAAACCUAGAUCUAGACGGCCGACUUACGUUGGCGGGAUUGCGACGAAUGCGGUACCGUAG